AUGUUUCUUCACUCAAUCGAAGUACUUUUCCGACAGGCUUUGUCUUUGGAACAGCAACCGCAUCGUACCAGUUCAAUUAAACAUCAACAUCAGAUCAAAGAUCCUACAUACGAGGGUGCGGCAAAAGAAGGUGGAAGAGGACCAAGUAUAUGGGAUGAGUUCACCCACCAUUAUCCAGAGAAAAUACGUGAUAGAAGCAAUGGAGAUGUAGCAGUUGACCAAUAUCAUCGCUACAAGGAAGAUAUUAAGAUAAUGAGGAAUAUGAAUCUGGAUGCAUACAGAUUCUCCAUCUCUUGGUCAAGAAUUCUCCCAAAAGGAAAGCUCAGUGGAGGUAUAAACCAAGAAGGAAUCAGAUAUUACAACAACCUCAUCGAUCAUUUGCUAGCCAACGGUCUACAACCAUAUGUGACACUUUUCCACUGGGAUCUUCCCCAAGCUUUGGAAGAAGAGUAUGGUGGUUUCUUAAGUCCUCGUAUUGUAAAAGAUUUUGAAGAGUACGCGAAUCUAUGUUUCAAAGAAUUUGGAGAUAGGGUGAAACAUUGGAUUACUUUAAAUGAGCCAUGGUCUUACAGUAGAGGUGGUUAUGCAAUUGGGAUCUAUGCACCAGGUCGAUGUUCUGAAUGGUUAAACCUAAACUGCACUGGUGGUGAUUCAGGAACAGAACCCUAUUUAGCUUCACAUUAUCAACUACUUGCUCAUGCAGCAUCUGUUCAAGUCUACAAGAAAAAAUAUCAGAAAUCUCAAAAAGGAAUCAUAGGCAUAACACUAGUGUGUUUCUGGUAUACGCCAUAUUCAAAUCACAAAUUGGAUAAAGAUGCUGCUAAUCGAGCACUUGACUUCAUGUAUGGAUGGUUCAUGGAACCAUUGACAUCAGGAAAAUAUCCGGAGAGCAUGAUUUCCCUGGUUGGUGAACGACUGCCAAAGUUCUCUGAAGAAGAAGCAAGACUUGUGACUGGUUCAUAUGAUUUUAUUGGACUAAACUAUUACACCACUGCCUAUGCUGCCAAUGCACCCAAAACCAGACCUAAUUAUGAUUCUGAUUCCAAUGUCAAAACUUCAUAUUCACUCAAUGGAAUUCCAAUAGGUCCAUCGGACAAUGAAAAAGACAAGAGAAACAGAAUCAUGUUUGAAAAUUAUACACAAAUGGUUUUCAAACCCGGCCAUGCCUGCAGUCGAAGUUAG